AUAGAAUGUAUUUUCGUCGUCAGAUAUACAAAUACGAUCCCGCCAAAACGACAAACAUGCCUAUAUAUUCCCCCCACCCCGAAAACUGAAUCCAUUUCUUCGCUGUGCUUUCUUUAAAGUAAUUCAUCAAACAUUUUCGAGCGUUACAGAGAACCGAAAGCGAACCAUAAUCUAAAUCAGAAGACAAUGCCUCCUUGCCCGGGCACAGGCACCGUGGUGCGCAAGAAAUCGUACAAGGCUGGAGUGGAUGCGGACCAGGCUCGGAGGAGAAGCGAGGACAACUUGGUGGAGAUCAGGAAGAACAAGCGCGAGGACAAUUUGCUCAAGAAGAGAAGGGAAGGCUUGCCUCCGUCCCAUCAGCAACUGCUUGAUGGCACCCAAACAGCCGUCGUUUUCCAGAAGAGGGUACUACUUAGUUUUAUUUUAUUUUUAAAUCUUCUUGGUAAUACUUUGUGUUCAUUUGAUUUUUUUGGUUUGAAUUGGUGUGGGUUUAGAUUGUAUGGAUGUGCUUGGUUGCUGAGAAAGUGAAGGAAAGGGAACGGAAUUAAAAAUGAGAAUUACCGUUUUAUAAGAACUUGAUUAUAAGGGAUGUUGAAUCGAUAGUUUGCUUUAGGCAACGGAGAAUUUUCUGUUUAUUCAAGAAGUAAAUUGUAUAGCUUGAUUCCUUAUUCAAGAAGUAAGUUGUAUAGCCUGAUUCUAUAUUCAAGUCCUGGGGGAAAAGAAGAAUGUUCAUGCAUGAGAUCUUUAGAAAGAUGACUCUUUAUGUUCCUCUUCUUGCAAUUUGAUCUUAUAUUUAAAGGUUUAGUCAUUAAUUGAUGUUGGUGUUGUUUAACAGUUGGAAAGUAUUCCCUCAAUGGUGCAAGGAGUAUGGUCUGAUGAUCCUGCUUUGCAAUUGGAGGCUACCACUCAGUUUAGGAAGCUAUUAUCAAUUGAACGCAGCCCUCCAAUUGACGAGGUUAUAAAAGCAGGUGCGGUCGCUCGGUUGGUGGAGUUUCUUGGAAGACAUGAUAUGCCCCAAUUGCAAUUUGAAGCUGCAUGGGCUUUGACCAAUGUUGCAUCUGGAACAUCAGAUCAUACACGAGUUGUUAUUGAACAUGGUGCGGUCCCCAUGUUUGUGCAUCUUCUUAGCUCUGGCGGUGAUGAUGUCAGAGAGCAGGUUGUUGUGCCUCAAAAGAGGUUUCUUUUUAAAUUUAUAAACUCGCAAGCGCACGAAUCGAAUAUAGCAUAA